AUUGCUAAUCAAUAUGAAAACAUCUAGUUUGGCAUUCUCAGGAACUUCCGAAAAUAAAACCCCAAUCCAGGUCAAAGAAAGCUUUUACAAAAGGAGCAUCCACACUACACGGAAAUAAGGUCGGAGAGAGAAGAUCUUUACUGAACAAGCAUUAUCCAGUAGUAGCAAAGCUGGAUAUGACCAAACUCUCUCAUACAGUUGGUAAUGAAUACAAGCCCCAAGGGAAUCAUAAAAAGAAUUCAAAAGCCUGAUUAAGAAAUUUUAAUUCCAUCCAGGACCUACCUAAAUGAAGAAACUUAAAGAACAAGCUCUUCUCAUCAGUGGUAUUGACAGGUUCUGAGAAGCCAAACAAAAAGGUCUUAACACAUAAAAUUGAGAAUCCCUCCCACAGUCAUAGGAAUGCCCCGGUUGAUGAAUAUUCUGAAUCAGGAAAUUUUGUGUUUAGUCAAGAAUCGCGCGAUUCCAACACGGAAAGGAACAACUAUUUCUCAAAAAUUGACGUCACUCAUUCUGAAUUAACUAAGCAGAAUGAGAGUUAUAGCAUCGAGAAGUCAAUGCACCAUGGCAGGAAUAUCUCAAGAAUGAGCAUCCCGAUGAGACUAGGCGCGCUCCAAGCCAAUGAUGAAUCAAUAGAGAGACAAGUCAGAACUUCCAGAUUGGAAGUUAAGGAUAUUGAAAUCCUCCAUGUCGAAAAUUCAACGGAAAGUCGGGGAGAUAGUGGCUCAGAUCUGAAGAAAUAUUUAACUAAAACCGAAGUCAGGCCUUCUCAUACCAAAGCUCAGUGUAUCAAGAGUGAUAGUAAAAAGACCCUAAAGCACUUCAAAUUCUCUCCUGGUACUGAGAAACCUAUUUUCCAAAAAGCAAGGAAAAUUUCUUUGAAGGAUGAGUUCAUGCUCACCAAAAGAAAAAGCAUAAGUAAAUGACAAUCUCAUAAUGAUUUUGGAGCGAUUAAUUUCACUCUCGGCCUAAUGGAUCCCAGGAAUUCCCCUAUGAAGAAAUCAGAAAUGAGAAAAAACAUGCAGGAACUCAAAGAUCUCAGAUCUCAAAAUAUUUCCCUGACAAAAGAACUGGAGCACUCCAAAGAAGAGGUGAAGGAUCUGUCUGAAAGGAUGGACCUAUUCACCAAAGAUAACGAGUUCUUAACUAUGAAACUUCAACGGCUGCAAACAAAGAACGCAGAACUAGAGAGAUCCCUAGCUAUCACUAACGAAGCUGAGAAUAUUAAGAAGAUAUUGUCCAACCUAAGUAUCCUCUUUAUGAAUAAUAAAAAGGAACUUAAUAUUAGUCCAUACCAGAUGGACUUAAUUACAAAACUCUUUGGAGACGUAGGAACUGACAACUUGAAAGAUCGCAUCAAAACAUUGGAAAAUAAGCUAGAUACCAAGACUAAGGAACUCAUUAGCCUUAAGAACGACUUCAAAAGCUGCAUGGGCUCAUUUUUAGACGAAAUACAAAAGAUGGAAGGCCCCAGAUUGCUGAUGUCGUCUGUCAAACACAAACUUGCUUCCCAUAAGGUUAGGUACAACCCUAAAAUCUUGCAGGAGUGUUUAACUGAAAGUACAAACGAGUCAGACUAUGCUAGGAUAAAACUCGAUAUACUCAAUAAGCUUGAGGAGCUUAACGACGAGUUAUCUCCAAGAGACGUUAAUAAUACCUGAAAAAUGCCAAACGGAUCUAGACCCCAAAAAGAAACAGAUAAUGAGUUAGAAGCAUUUAUGAUAGAGCUUGAGCAUUUGGAUAAUAUAUCCCCAAGAAACCCGAAUUCCAAGGAUGAAAACAAAGAUUCUCGCUUUGAGAAUACUUACGAUAACCUACUUUCAAAGCCAUCUUUCUUACUCGAUAACAGUAGAAGCCCCAAAAGAAAAAAGAUGAAGUCAAAGAGGAUCCUUGACACAGACAUCCUCCAGAUGCUGUACACUCAAUCUAAAUGUCUGGAGGAGAACAUGAAUGCUGUAUAUGGAGCCUCAUACAGCAAAUUUUAAAUAAUAGAGGCCAAAUCCAAACCAUUAGCAUCAAUAAA